UGUGCCCACUCCCAAACCGCAAACGCCGUCUUCCCGCCUGAUUUUUAAGUUUCAUUUCCAGACGUUCUAUCUGGUUCCUCCCCUUCGCGAUUCUUGUCCGGGUUCGUCAUUCGGGGAACAGAGGAGAGCCAGACAUGGACUCGGGGCGCGGAAAAAAGACGCGAGCAUCUUCGAAAGCCGGGAACGCCGCGCCGAACGCCUCGGCACAAGGUGUGCCGGACGCCCCGACACAGCCUGCGGCUGACACAGCCCCCGUGGCUGCCGCUGCCCUCAGGGCGGCCCGUUCCAAGGCGGGGGACCGUGGUGCGGCCAGGGAGUCGGGACGCCAAAGGAGGAGCGCCCAGAGCCUUCGGGAGAAGACCGAGGUCCGCGCUCCAAGAACCUGUGCCAAGCGGGCGUCUCUGUGCGCCGGAGCCCCCGCGCCCCAGGCCAGUGCAGCCACCGUUUUGACAGAGCGACAGUCGGUUCCUCUGGAGGCGCAGGAGCCUCCCGAGGAGCCCGUGGCCUGCCUUCCCAAGGCAGGAUCUCGUUCCCGAAAGGGCGCACGCUCAUCUUGCACUGAGCAGAGACCUCCGCUCGGACCCAGCAAGGAACUCUGCCCCGCCGGAGCGGUUCAGGUCCCGAAUGUCAGCCAAAGUGAGGUGGUGGCACGGGGCAGCUGGAAUUCCAAGGAGGUGCUGGAUAAGCUAAGGCUGAAACGCGACGAGAUCUCAGUGGCGGCGGAAAUCGUGAACAAGGUCGUGGACCAGCUGCUGCAGCGACUGAACAGGGUGGAAUCAGAGUUUAAACGCGCCACACUGCUGAACACCGGGAGCUACUAUGAACGCGUAAAGAUUUCUGCUCCUGAUGAAUUUGAUGUCAUGUUUAAACUGGAAGUCCCCAGAGUUACGCUUGAAGAAUAUCCCCAAAGUGAUGCUCAUUACUUCGUGAAGUUUAAAAGAAACCCUCAAGGAAGUCCUCUUGAUCAGUUUUUAGGACCAGAUCGACGAUUAUUAGCCUCUAAGAUGCUGUCAAAGUUUAGGAAAAUCAUUACAGAAGAAGUUAAAAACAUUACAGAUGUAGAUGUUGCCGUGGAGAAGAAGAGACGGGGCUGUCCUGCUGUAACCCUGAUCAUUACACAACCUCGAGAAAUAUCUGUGGAUUUAAUCCUGGCCUUGCAACCAAACACUAGCUGGCCUGCUUGUACCCAGAGGGGGCUGCCCAUCGACGACUGGCUUGGACCGAAAAAUCGGAGAGAGCUAAGAAAAAAGCCAUUUUACCUUGUGCCUAAGCAUGCAAAGGAAGGAAAUAGUUUUCAAGAAGAAACAUGGCGGUUAUCCUUCUCUAACAUUGAAAAGGACAUUUUAAGUGACCACGGACAAAACAAACUUUGCUGUCAUAACGAACAGAAAUGCUGCAGGAAAGAUUGCUUAAAACUAAUGAAAUACCUUUUAGAACAACUGAAGAAAAAGUUUGAAAACCAAAAAAAACUGGAUAAAUUCUGUUCCUACCAUGUGAAAACUGCCUUUUUCCACACCUGUACCAAGUACCCGGGUGAUGACAAGUGGGACUCCAAAAAUGUGAGCGUCUGCUUUAACAACUGUGUGGAGUACUUUCUCUGUUGCCUCAGGACGGAGUGCCUGAACCACUAUUUUAUCCCUACAGUCAACUUAUUUUCUCAAGACCAAAUUGACAAGAAAAGUAAAGACUUUCUGUUAGAGCAAAUUGAAUAUGAAAGAAACAACGGAUAUCCAGUUUUUAGUGAAUUUUGAAAUUAUGUUUAGAAAAGCAUCCAGAAUAGGAGUGACUCAAACUUAAGAGAAUUGCAAUUUGCCUGAAAAUGAGUGCAGAUGAUUAUUGCUGUCGCAGUGUAUCGCAAGAAAUUCUAAUCCAUGGGCAGAGAGAACUAACUAUCUCAGGGCAAUACGUUAGUUCAGGAACGAGAAGCAGAA